AUGACCUCCACUCAAUAUAAAAUUCGGACUCCUGAGGAAGCUGUCGCCAGAAUUUCAUACCUUUCGAGUGAUGUGAUUGUCUCUGUCCAACCUUCAAAGUCCACCGAAUCAGAAUUUUCCUCUCAUCUGCAAAGAUAUGCAGGUCGUAAGGAUAAAGGCCUGGUUUCUGGUUCUGUACCAGAGAUUCUGGUCGUACGACACAAUGCGGAUCCUCUAUUAUCGCUUUUCACUCCUAUUAAAAAUAAGAAGCUUGUAUCCGUCACCACAACAUCAACAAUUCUCAUAUCCUCUGUAUCUUACCUACACAGACUCUCUCAAUCACCUGUUGUCCUUCAUGUGUCUCUUUACCCGCCCAGCUACCCAUGUUAUUCCUCGAUCACAGCAAUUAGAAAUACAGGCUUCAUUAUUCUUCACUCCAACACCUUACAAGAAGCCCAAGAUAUGGCUCUGACAGCCCAUGCACUGGCUAUUAAUACUGGUAAAGGUGUAGUACAUUUUUUCGAUCCUAGCUCUUGCACACAGGAUGACGAUCAGAUAUCGUUUGAGGAUGUAACUGUUGUCGAGAAUAUCCUCAAUAUGGAUGCUGUAACCGCAUUUCAUCGCUCAGAUAAUGAUGGUAUUGGUAUCUAUGCCGAUACUGGAAAGGUAGCUACAAUUUCAGAACCUAUCGUCACCCGAUCUCUCUCACAUGUGUCCCCAGAGAGUGUUAAAGUAACCAUGUCUCCUACAUUAGAGCCUGCCAAAGAUCUAAAGCUUAGAAACCUUUCUAUAUAUUCCACAAAAGAAAACGGUCGCAGGAGUAAUGAGAGUUUGAGAUCUAGUAAUUCCCUUGAAAAUUUGACUGACUCGGUAACGGUGCGAGCUAUUACAUCUGAUGAUAUUUACGAUAUCGUUGUUUCAAUUUGGGCACGUAUCCGGCAAAGUCUUGGGCGAGAGUAUACACCGUUUCAAUAUUUCGGUUCACCCAAUGCAGAGAAGGCUAUAUUUGUCUUUGGUCCGGAUGUCCGAACUAUUAUCAAAACACUGGAAUCUGCAAAGUCAAGGGAUGUUUAUUUCAAGGCUGGAAUUAUCAAAGUAAGGCUGUAUAGGCCAUGGCUAGGCUCAAAACUAAUUACAGCUAUUCCAACUUCAGUAAAAAGGAUUGCAGUGCUCGAACAGAUUCGUCACAAGACAACGAAAUGGGGCUCUUUACUCCUUGAUCUUCUUACAACCCUCAAAUCUGGUCCAGGUGGUGGUGUGGAUACAAUCGUAAGAUACCAACUAGGCUACAUUGCUCCGAGCACCGUACGCCAGGCUUUGCUUGGUGUUUUUCAGAACUUAAAUUCCAGAAACCCGGUUCAGAAUCUUGAAGUUGGUAGCCAUUCUGGUCCAGCUCAGGACCAGAACUCUAAUCAAAUAUCUCAACCCAAGCUAGAAACAGCAUAUAUGAAAAUUUUAGAACAAGUCUUUGGAAAGAGAUUGUAUAUAGCAAAUAAUAAAUACGUACAAAACGUUGGAAUAUCAUCUUUAACUAUGCAAAGUCCAGAGUUUGGAUUUGGAGCACUUUUUGCAAGAAAGAAACAUCGCCAGCGAUUCAUAAAAGAAGUUGAAAAAGCUAUUAUUUCUAGUGAAUUUAAUGAAGAUUCCCUAAAGACUUGGCUUUCAAAGUGGACUCCAAACUCUCCGGAAGAAGUCAUUGAUGAAAUUUUAACACGACUCGAAGCGGAUGGUUCAUCAUUGUCCAGAAGUCUACUCGCAGAUAAAGGCCUUUUUGUAAAUGAAACAUUUUGGCUAAUUGGAUCCGACGCAUGGGCAUAUGAUUUUGGCAAUUCCGGCAUUCACCAUGUUAUCACGUCCGGUCAGAACAUUAACAUGCUUAUUAUUGAUUCAACACCCUAUUCUCUGCGUGUAGCUGAUGACGCGGAGCGAAGAAAGAAAGAUAUCGGGGUUUAUGCUAUGAAUCACGGGAAUACAUAUGUUGCUUCAUGUGCUGUUUAUAGUUCUUAUACUCAAGUACUUCAGGCGAUGAUUGAAGCUGAUAAAUUCGAUGGUCCAUCUGUUGUACUUGCCUAUCUUCCUUAUUUCAAAGAAGAAGAUUCUCCAUUGGUUGUACUUCAGGAAACAAAAAAGGCCGUUUCGAUUGGGUACUGGCCUUUAUAUAGAUGGAAACCUGGUAAUGAAUCAAAUGACGCGCCAAAUUUCUCACUAGAUUCCGAGUUUAUCAAACAAGAGAUAAAAGAAUUUUUGGAUCAAAAUAAUCACCUUACACUGCUGACAAAAAAGAACCCUGAUAUAUCAUCGGCAAUCGCGAAAGACUGCGGCAGCGAAAUAAGGGAUUUACAGAUUAAAAGAGCUAAGGAUGCUUACCAAAAACUGCUUGAAGACACAAUGGGUGCACCGCUCACAAUUCUAUUUUGUUCAGAAAGCGAUGAUGCACAGAAGCUGGCAAAUCGUUUAGGAAAUAGAGGAAAAUCGAGGGGACUUAAAACAGCCGCUAUACCAAUGGAAUGUUAUCUGGUCGACGAACUCCCGCGUGAAGAGAAUAUCGUUUUCCUCACUACCACCAUAGGUCAAGGUGAGUUUCCACCGAGUAGUAGAGUAUUCUGGAACUCUAUCAGGGAAGCUACAUAUCUUGAUCUUUCUUCGGUCAAGUACUCUGUAUUUGCCCUCGGUGAUAGUCAAUACUGGCCUUGUUCAGAAGAUAAGCAUUAUUACAACAAAGCUGGCAAAGAUCUUGAUAUGAUCCUGAUGGGCUUUGGUGCUAAGCCUUUAACAAACAUCGGUUUAGGAGAUGACCAAGAUCCUGAUGGCAUUGAGACAGCCUAUCAGAUCUGGGAAGAACUUCUCUGGCAGGCCCUAAGCGUUGAUAAAGUUGUAGAACUUCAAGAAGAGCCACCAUCAAACAUCAACGAAGAUGUAAAAUUGACUUCAACUACCUUUGGGGUACGAUUAAAGAAGCCCGCGCUAAUUGCAAAGAUCCAGGCCUUCAGAGUGCCUACUAAUUAA